GAGAGAGAGAGAAAGACACACACACUCUCUCAGUUCGUGUCGAGAGAGAGAAGGGUGAAGAGUAUCUUACGGUGCAUUGAAAAAAAAAAGCAAAUCGACUACUUUUGAAAAUAAAUAUAGAAAAAACUAUAAAUAGAUCUAUAUAUAUCUUGACGUCCAUUGACCCCACAACCAGAAAAUAAAAAAAAAUAGACCCCUACUUCCAAAAUCAUACAAAGUGGCCCCCCUACUCAUUUUCGACAAUGCAGUGCCCUACCCUAGCGCAAGAGAUCUCUCUUCUCAAAGGCACUGCCCCACGAAGGGAAUAGAUCAGGCUCUUUGAGAGUGAGAGAGAGAGAGUAAGAGAAAGGAGGAGUUCGUUGUGUUGAUAAUGCGCAGGAGAAAAGUCCCUCCACUGCGCAGGUCUGUGAACGAAGUGGGCCAGAGGUUAUCGUCCCAAAAACGACAAUGAUUCGACCCGGGGCCCAUCAACCUAAUCACGGGGGCUACCUGUAUUAUGUUUUACCUGUUGAAGGUAGAUGUACGGAGAGCGGACGGGACAACCCAUUCCGACCAGACGGGGACAUCUCCCGAGAGGCCGACGAAAUCGUCCAACUCAUCAAGUCUGGCCGCCCCUUGCAGAGUCAGCCGGGGCGGGGGGACACCACAGACUCGAUAGACAGCGGUCCCAUCUCCCCCGACGGCAAGGAGGCGUCUUCGGAACCCCUCAUCUCCGCCAACGACGCUUCUCCACAGCAGCAACAGAUCCCCUCGCCCUUACCAGUGCCAACACAACCCGUGGGGGCAACCACGACAGGUUCUCCAGGCAAGGCCGGUGCCAACGGCUCGGCCGCCCCCGAUAACUCGACCCCAGGCACUGUUGAGGUCACACACGCCACAGUGAAGCCCACGGAUGCCGCCCACGUCGAACACGUCGUCAUUAAGAAGAAGAGCAAAUGCAACUGUUGUGUGAUUCAGUAAUAGUGACGAUGACGUUCGGAUCGCCGACAAAAGUGUAACUCAAUGAUGGAGGACUUGGCUUAGGGUGGCUCCAUUGUCCAGUGAAAGACAGAGAAAAAGAAGGCGAUUUACUUGUGAAACUUGGGACUUGCCUGUACAUGGAGCCAAUCCUUUUUUUGGGGGCUAGAAGGGUGCAAGUGCGGUGUUGCUUGACUUUUAACAUGUGCUUUGUCUUCUUCUCUGCUGUUUGCACAAUCCACCAUGACUCUACUUUCGAAGUGUUCCAAAGAUGGAUGAAAUAUAUUUUAUGUAUAAUUAAUUUCAUAAAUAGUUCAUUGCUAUAGGUGAGAGAGAGAGAGAAAAUAAGGAGUUAAUCAUUCAUUAACUUAGAUUGGCUUUCCACUUGUCCCCGGGAAACACACUACAGAACCAAUUAGCUGAUUUUUAGGUGUUUUUCAUCUCUUUGUUUUGUUCCUGUGAUUGUUUUUGCACUACGACUCGAUUAGUGCUUUAUCAUCAGGCACGUGUUCGCAUCCGCCACGCUGAGAUCUAUGUCUGUUGGCCAAAAACAUGAAUCACGAGUCUACGAGGAGCUUCAUUGACAAAACAGUGUUGGAUAACCUGGCAGAGAUUUCUUUUAAAAGAUCGUGUUCUUUCAUCCGCUUCAACUCAAAGGUGUUGGCUUUCAUUCUGAAAUGGUUAAUACUCUCGUAGGAACACUAUAGUUAUUUAUUUCCUCUUGGUUAAUGGUUGCCUACUUCAUGCACGUGCCUACAAGACCAAAACAUUUACAGGUAGUAAACCUAAGGUUCUCAAAACUGCCGGAGGUUAUCGUAAUGCUCCGCGAGGAGUUCAAGAGAGUUUCUCGUAGCGAACGGUAGCUUCAAGAUGCUCGUCUCUUGAAUGGUAACACUAUAUACCCUAACAAUCAAAGCAAUCACAUAUCCGUACGUUUGUCAAACUAAGGCUGUAUGCAGUUACUAGAGUGUCUAUGUGUUUCUGGCUAACAGACAUCAAAAGCAAGUCAGCAGAUAUACUUAAUUCAUUUAAAAAUUUUAAAUUGUAACAGGGAAAAAGGAAGGGAGGAAAGGUGCUCGUAGGGAUCUCAAACGCCUCAAAGCAAAAGGUUUCUUUCCAAGUUCCGAAAGUAUCGACUUAAAAUGAUUACUCUAUAAUAGAGUAUAAAGCGACAGAUAUAAAGGUUUCGAACGGAUGGAAUCAAAGAAACCUCACUUAUUCUUUUAAUACACACCGAAAUAAUUCCUAUGAACGAUGUAUGACUCUUACCAACUUUAGCUUUCAAAAAGCUAUCAGGCUUAAAAAAUUUCCUUCUUGCUGAACUGGGAAAUAAUAAUGAGUUGCAGAGGAUCCUAACGGGGCCGUUGGUUUUAAAUAUACGUAUAUAUAUCUCAAUAGUUGUCAUACAGCAGGAUAAGGGUGUAAUCCACUAUUUGCUGAGGAUGUUGGAUCCUAUUCCUGUCGGAGAAGGUUGGACGGAUAAUCAAUGGACACGAAAAAAUGUUGGUUCCUAUGUCAAUGAUUAUCUAGAUCUCUAGAUCUUGUUAUAAACAUUUGUUACUUAGAGAGAGAGAGGGAAGAGUAAUGGUUCAUUACAGAUAGUAUAUUUACGGUACAACAAAUUGGCUUGUCAAUUCUGUUUCUCAGUGUUAUGAUCACAUAACCUUUUCAACAAAGCCUAGUGAAGAGAUGACACCUUGGUAAAAAAAAAUAAAUAAAAUGAAAAAUAGGAAAAAAAUUGAUAAAAGUUCGGGCAGUCAUCCAAGUGCCUAUAGAAAGAUACAAUGGCAGUGAUGGUCCACACACCUCCGAGCUCCGUGCGACGUAGGGGGUCUCUGGCCCAUCGCGUGCUAUUCCGUAGAUCUUCUACUGUGUAGACUUCUUUCUUUAGUUUCUGUAAAUGAAAUGACCAUGAGUCAGAGUUGUAAAAAGAGUGGUGGCCGUGACAACAAGCGGGGACAUCCAUGGUGCUAGGGGUAGCGGGCCAGCCUUGUCGUCACAGCGCACCAUCCGAUGUUUCUUUUUAUUGAGAAAAUGACAAAAAUGUGUUCAUGAUCAAGUUUGUAACUUAAGGGAGAGCAAUAGCUUCUUUUAUACAGAGAAUGAAAAUGUUCAAUGGGACUUUUAAAAGUCCCGCAAUAGGAUUCAACACUCAGUGUACCUCAAGAAAAAGGUUGAACUGCAAUUGAGCAAAGGUUAGUGUCUUUACCUGUAUAUAAAGUACCUUUAUAAGAUGUUUAUGAGCUAUACUUUUAAAGAAAAGAUCCUAAUCAUAGGUAAACAAUGCAUUGUGAAUACUUAGACUGAAUGGCAAUAGAAAACAAGCUAUACAUCACUUUGUAGCCGAUUUACUUUCCUCUUUUUAUUUUGACGAACCCGAUGCCAAGUUAUUUACUACUACUACUUCUUGACGAAGGUUGGACGCUUUUGAAAGAAUAAACGACAGUCGGUACUUCCCAGGUUCAAUACUAUGAGCCGUUUGUGUUCUUUGUGAUGUUAGACAAGAGAGUUCUUUGUCACCAGUGUGAGUGGGAGGAAUUGAAGGAUGCUUCAGCUCUGCGGUUCAAGGAGUAGGUCAUCAUGAAAGCUGCUUCUUCUUCUUCCAUGAUGACGAUACAAUGCAGAUAGCUUGACACGGUCUUGUGUUACAAGACGAAUUUCUGUCCGCAUACCUUAGGUGUGGGCGAGUGGUGUAUUCUUUAGACCUAUACUCGUAGACGAUACUUGUCUCCACACUAUGUGCAGAUAUUGAUUGACGAUAGGUACUUUAAACUUGUCAUGUUACAUUAGACAGAGGUUGUCUACAACUGUUGUAUUAGGGACAAAACUUGUCAACAUGCUGAUGUUAGACGAAGGAACCUACCAGAUGUGUAGGCCUUUGUCAUAUUAUUGUGAUACAGUCAAUUUGUAAUUUUUUGUUUUUGUUUGUUAUUCAUGAAAAAAGAUUUAUCAAAUGCAUGAUCUCCAUUUUGAUGUGGAAUUAUUUGUUACCGUUUUAUUUAUGAGUGCACUUACUACAAUUCGUCGUUCAGUUUUAACAUAACUGCUAUUGAAUAUUUAUUUUUUCCUCUUUACGUUGUAAGACAUCAAUUGGAAGGAGGAGGAGGAGGGUGGUUUUAGCAUCAGAAAAACUUGUGUAACUUGUCAGAGUCAUGUAGUAGAUUAUUAGGACCUUUUGGAGAAGUUUAUUUUUAAUAUGCGGUAUUACCGAUGUGUAGAAAACGGAACGGCAGGAAAUUCAAGUGUAAAAUCUUCGCUAAGUGUAAAUAUACAUGUACACACACAUAUGCAGUGCAUACAUAAAUUUAUUAUGUAUGUACUCUGUAUGUGUAAACAGUCAUUGGCUUUACUCUAGCUCAUUAAAGGCGUAAGACUUCUAAAAUGUUUAAUUAAGAUCUUCAUUUAUACAACUUGAAGACCUGAGUGGUUACAAUUAACAACUGACAUAUUACAAUAUGGUUUCAUGUAAAUUUUUAUAUUAAUUAUCCCUCAUUGGCCAGUAUUUAUAUUUAUUCUUGACAUUUCAUGGCACAUUUCAGCAAAUUUUUUAUCCUCCUAAGAGCCUUUUUUUUUUUUUUUCAAUAAACCAGACCUUUUCAAGGUGCAGUAUUGUAAAAAAAAAAAAAUUAUUCCACACAUGAUAAAGAUUAAAAUUCUGAAGCUAUGUGAAAAGAUGGGAAAAGGAAUAUUUUAUAUGAUGUUUUUAUAGGUUGAUAUGUAUAUUGACGAAGAAUUAAAAAUCAUACCAAACUGGACAUUCGUGAUCUGGCAACGUCAGGAAAAAAAACGUGUGUACAUAGUUAACGAAUAAAGGUUCAUAUGUAAAUUUGACAUAAAUUCAUCAUUGUAAAAAGCAUAUAGGAAUAAUGCACUUAGCUCCCUUUAAUAGAAUACAGACAGUAAGGAACUGCGUACAGUACUCUUAAUGAUGUUGUUUGCUUCCUUGAGAAGUGACUGAUGGUGUUAAUGAACUAUAUGAGAGUAAGCCUUAAUAGCCAUCAUCAUUCAACCAGUUCAUUUUUUUUUUUUUUGGGGGGGGGGGGGGGGGGGGGGGGGGGGGGGGGGGGGUGGGGGGGGGGGGGGGGGGGGAGAAAGUCGCCGGACAACAAAAUGCCUUCUAGAGGGACUCAAGUUGCAUAGACAGUUGCAAUGGUCAAUUUGUACAAUGUAACGAAACUCAUAUUCUCGUAAAUCCAGCACCCUUGUCGCGAGAAGAGUUCGUACAAGUACACCCGCAGCAUUCUUUACGUACCGGUACUUCUCUGCUGGCGACGUGGGUGUUGCCCAACUCUUUUAGCAAUGUUUAGGUGUCUUCAGAUCGUUCGAGCAAAGGAUGAAAGAGACGUAGAGUUUGAACUUCCACGCUCGAAGUUUGCCAGCGGUAGCGUAAAAAAAUGAAAAUUUUCAAGAGCCACAACCAACCAGCACGUUUAUUAUGAUUAUCUUUUUUGAUUCUUCCUCUUACUGAUUCAGUAUAUCGUUAACGUUUUAACUCUUGCAGAUAUAUAUAUAUAUAUAUAUUUACCAGCCUUCCUCAUCAUCAUCAUCAGUUAUAUAGCAUAUGAAUAUUAAGCGGAACUUAUGACAGCUGAGUAUCAAAAUAAACAGUAUCUUCGACUACAGGAAGAGGUUUUGUAGACAGUUAUCUACAUUAAACUAACUCUUUGUUCCCACGUUAUAAAACUACAUAGAAAUAUGAGCCUUCUCAAAACUUUUACUUGUGGCUUCAUUGUACCGUCUUGCCAGAAAUUUUAGGUAUUUCAACGGCUCAGUACAUACGGACGUUCCAGUCGCUGCGUUUUUCCAUGUAAACAAAAAAACGAUUGUUCAGAACGAAAGCCGAUCAACCGAUAGUCGUGACUCCUUCACACCUGGAACAUCCUUAUGCACGUCGACACAUCAUGUUAGCUGCUUCUUGGUAGUCAAUCUAUUUCUCUCGGCCUGUCUGCUUGUGGUGUCGUAAGUGUGAUAUUAUGAUAUGGGCCACAGGUAGCAUACCACUAUGGUCAACGAGACUCACAACAAGCUGCUGGAGACAGUCAAACUGCUCGAAAAAAUGUCAACUUCUUCUUACGAGGCAGCUCCUCGAAGCUGCCCUUUUCGGAAAGGGGUUGGGAGGGGGUUAUAGAUUUUACCAUUUGUCUUUUCUUUGGCAUUCUCAAGCAUCUAUCUUAAACAUUGUUGCCAGGGAGACCCGUCGUUCAAUGAAGCGUGUGACUUGACUGACUAAGAGGAGGAGAAGCCUGCUUGAAAUUUCGUAGUGUGUCUUAAAGAGGGGGGUGCAAGUCGACAGGUCAAAUACGUCACACCACCUGCAUAUGGCAUUUUGUCGAACGUUCAUUACGGUAGAGGUAAUUAUAUGUAUUUGUACCAAAAUCAUUGUGAGACAUAUAAAUAAUUGCAUAAAUAAAGUGUUUGUUUUUCA